AUGGCUCUCGGUCACGAACACGGCGUCAGCCACAUCCAGGAGGGCGAAACAGUCUCCCAAGAGCCCAUCGACACGAUACUAUGGAUUCACAUCUUCAUCAUGAUGCUGGCCUUCGGGGUCAUCUUCCCCGUGGGCAUGGUGCUAGGACUCACCAAGAAUCGCUGGCAUGUUCCUACACAGGUCCUCGGCACCGCUCUCGCCAUCCUCGGUUACUUCCUCGGCCACAUGCACGGCGGUAGAGAAUUCGUCCACGGCAACGUUCACUCGGGCUUCGCCGGAUGGUUGAUGUUGAUGCUCGCCGUCCAGGUCGGCGUCGGAAUCUACUUGAAAUUGCAUCUCGAGAAGGGCUUCAACGGAAAGAUUCGCAGGGUCAUCAAGCCCAUCCACGGAGUUCUCGGAAAGGCGUUCCCCGUCCUCGGCUGGGUCCAAUUCUUGUUUGGAGGCAUCACUUCGCUGGGUUUCUGCCAGGGCGACCAUCUGGGACAGUGUCUGGCUCACUUCAUCAUGGGAAGCGCUUUCAUCGCUUACGGCAUCAUCCUGACCCUGCUGCUUGUCGUGGGGCAGCUGUGGCUCCGACGAUCCGGACGAUCCCAGGAGUUCUUCGACAGCGUUGUCAUUGCCGCGUGGGGCUGCGUCAACACCUUCACCGAGCACCGCUGGGGUACCGAAUGGGUUAGGAACGACUGGCAGCACACGACCAUGGGCAUCAUCUGGUGGUGCGCCGGCCUGGCAGGCGUUUGGCUUAGCCGCGAUCGCGAUGGCAACCCCCAGCGCAACUUCAUCCCCGGCUUCGUCCUCUUCAUGACUGGCUGGGCCAUGUCGGCGCAUCCCCAGGAGCUGCCCAUCAGCGCCAUGACCCACGCCAUGUUCGGCAAGACGCUGAUGGCCGCCGGCAUCACUCGCAUCAUUGAGAUUGCCUUUGUCGUCAAGGACGCCAGCGGCAUGUCCGCCGAUGGCCGCAAGACCAACAGCUUCCAGUACAUUCCCGUAUUCCUGUUGUACGCCUCUGGAUUCCUCUUCAUGGGUGCGACCGAGGAGCAGAUGGUACUCGUCGCCAACUCCGGACUGGAUCACGUUUCCUACAUCUUGAUUCUCUACUCCUUUGCCUUCCUGGUGUUCCUCUUCGCCAACAUGCUCAUCCACCUCUUCGACCGUAACUCCAACGUGGAUGGCAAAGUCAACCUGGACGCACCGGUGGCGAAUGGGCGUGCGGAGAACCGCCAAGUACGAGACGCCGAGGAGUUUGAGCUGGAGGGCCUCAUGAGCGAUGACGAGGACGACGCGCAGAAGGGCCUGCGCGAGGAUACCGACGACGACCAAGGCCUGGGCAGCCCAAGCACGGUGGGCAAGAACAGCGACCGAGUGGCGCGGUGA